AUGCGCGCCAGGGCAGGUUGGCUUCGCCGCUACCGGAGUGCCGCCACAUUGGUAAAGGCAUUGGGACCGAGGUAGAACGGAACUUUCUGUUCUCGCGGGAGCUAGGACUGCCACGUCCGAGGAAACAGGGAAAGGAGAGGAUCCUGGAGCCGCGUGAUGGCCAGAGGCCUGGGGCCCCCCCUCUGGGUGGCCGUGGGACUGCUGACCUGGGCGGCCUUGGGGCUGCUAGUGGCCGGACACAGGGGUCAUGGUGACUUGCAUGAGGACCUGCACGAGGAUUUCCAUGGCCAAAGCCACUCACAUGAGGAUUUUCACCAUGGACACAGCCACGCCCACGUCCAUGGCCACACUCAUGAGAGCAUCUGGCAUGGGCAUACCCACGGUCACGGCCACGGACAUUCACAUGAGGAUUUGAACCAUGAUCAUAGCCAUAGCCACUCCCAUGAGAGCCUCUACCACAGAGAACAUGGACAUGACCAUGAGCACAGCCAUGGAAGCUAUGGGGAGGCUCCAGGCAUCAAGCAGGACCUGGACACUGUCACUCUCUGGGCGUAUGCACUAGGCGCCACAGUGCUGAUCUCCGCAGCUCCGUUUCUCAUCCUCUUCCUUAUCCCCGUGGAGUCGAACUCUCCACGGCACCGCUCUGUGCUCCAGAUCUUGCUCAGUUUUGCUUCCGGUGGACUCCUGGGAGAUGCCUUCCUGCACCUCAUCCCUCAUGCCUUGGAACCUCAUUCUCACCACCUUCAGGAGCAGCGGGGACAUGGACACUCCCACAGUGGCCAGGGCCCCAUUCUGUCUGUGGGACUAUGGGUCCUUAGUGGAAUUGUCGCCUUUCUUGUGGUGGAGAAAUUUGUGAGACAUGUUAAAGGAGAACAUGGACACAGUCACAGUCAUGGACGUGGUCACACACACGGAAGUCAUGGACAUGGAACACAGGAGCAUUCUUCAAAGGAGAAACAGAACUCAGAAGAAGAAGAAAAGGAAGUAGGGGGAUUGAGGAAGCGGAGAGGAGGCAGCACAGCGCCCAAGGAUGGGCCAGUGAGACCGCAGAAUUCUAAGGAGGAAAAAACAGGUUCAGAUCUGCGUGUAUCAGGGUACCUGAAUCUGGCUGCUGACCUGACACACAACUUCACAGAUGGUCUGGCCAUUGGUGCUUCAUUUCGAGGGGGUUGGGGAUUAGGGAUCCUGACCACAAUGACUGUCCUGCUACAUGAAGUGCCCCAUGAAGUCGGGGACUUUGCCAUCUUAGUCCAGUCUGGUUGCAGCAAAAAGCAGGCGAUGCGUCUACAACUACUGACGUCAAUAGGGGCCCUCGCAGGCACAGCCUGUGCCCUCCUAACUGAAGGAGGGGCAGUGGGCAGUGAAGUUGCAGGUGGUUCAGGUCCUGGCUGGAUUCUGCCAUUCACUGCAGGUGGCUUUAUCUACAUAGCCACCGUGUCUGUGUUGCCUGAGCUGCUGAGGGAGGCAUCACCAUUGCAGUCACUUCUGGAGGUGCUGGGGCUGCUGGGGGGAGUUGUCAUGAUGGUGCUGAUUGCCCACCUGGAGUGAGAGGUGGGACUAACUGCCCCCACCCCAGCCCCAAAUCUGUAAGCUGUCUGUGUCAGGGGUCUGUGGAGGUUGGGGGGCCCUGGCCAGAAGCAUCUGCUGAAGAAAGUUGUAUCCUGGGGAAGUGCUGAUUUUGGCAUGAGGGCAACAAGGUUUGGCAGUUUUAUGGGGCCUGUAGGGAUGAGGAUGAGCGGCCAGAGGGACCAUUGUGUUGGGCACGUGCUGACCAUGUUGUUGAAUUUGGGGGGCUAAAUGGGUCCAUGUAGAAAGCUGGAAGAGACCAGUGAUGGCCGCCUACCCCAAGUCUCCUACCCCACCUAUUCCCAGCUGCCACACAGAUCUCUCCAAGGUCCUCCUUCUUCCUCCCCUCCAGGGAAGAUCAGAGCCCCAAACCAGGGGAGGGGCUUUUCGGGAUAAACAUCUAUUAAACAUCAAUCAAUCGUGUGUCCUGAUUUGGAAGUGAUUCUGCCGGGGCGGGCAGGGAGCUUUAGUUACUAAUCUCAUGGCCUGAUUUUUAUUUUGUUUCUAAUUUUUAUAUCGCUGUUUGAAUCGAGGGAAUGGGGUGGCGACCGGAAAUAAAGUCCUCGAGUCUUCCAACCCCAAA